AUGAAAGUGAAAGAUGAGUACAGCGGAAGAGAUGAGAGCAUCCUGAAGCCGGAGCCCGGAGGAAACGCAGAAGAGGGUGACAUUCCUUACAGCUACACAAGGGAAUAUAACGAAUAUGAAAACAUUAAGCUGGAGAGACACGUCCCGUACGACAGCAGCAGGCCACCCGGUGGCAAGAUGAACUGCGACGUGUGCGGGUUGUCCUGCAUCAGCUUCAAUGUCCUGAUGGUCCAUAAGAGAAGCCAUACCGGUGAGCGCCCGUUCCAGUGUAAUCAGUGUGGGGCAUCUUUUACUCAGAAAGGUAACCUCCUCCGCCACAUUAAGCUGCACACAGGGGAAAAACCUUUUAAGUGUCACCUCUGCAACUACGCAUGCCAAAGGAGAGACGCGCUCACGGGACACCUUAGGACACAUUCUGUGGAGAAACCCUACAAGUGUGAGUUCUGUGGAAGGAGCUACAAGCAGAGAAGCUCCCUGGAGGAGCAUAAGGAGCGAUGCCGAUCAUAUCUUCAGAACUCUGACCUGGGGGACGCCGCAAGUACGGAGGCCAGACACAUCAAAGCAGAGAUGGGAAGUGAAAGAGCUCUCGUUCUGGACAGAUUAGCGAGCAAUGUGGCAAAACGAAAAAGCUCCAUGCCUCAGAAGUUCGUUGGUGAGAAGCGGCACUGUUUUGAUGUCAACUACAAUCCCAGCUACAUGUAUGAGAAGGAGAGUGAGAUCAUGCAGAGCCGAAUGAUGGACCAAGCCAUCAACAACGCCAUCAGCUAUCUCGGGGCUGAAGCCCUCCGCCCCUUAGUCCAGACCCCACCUGCUCCCACCUCUGAGAUGGCCCCAGUCAUCACUAGCAUGUACCCCAUAGCACUCACCCGGCCUGAUAUGCCUAAUGGCGCCCCACAGGAGCUGGAAAAGAAAAGGAUCGCCCUGCCAGACAAGAGCUUGCCUUCUGAACGAGGCCUGUCCCCCAAUAACAGUGCCCAUGACUCCACAGACACUGACAGCAACCACGAGGACCGCCAGAAUCACAUCUACCAGCAAAGCCACAUGGUCCUUCCCCAGGCCCGCAACGGGAUGCCGCUCCUGAAGGAGGUCCCUCGCUCUUUUGAACUCUUCAAGGCCCCUCCCAUAUGCCUGAGAGACUCCAUCAAAGUGAUCAGCAAAGAAGGCGAGGUGAUGGAUGUGUUCCGGUGUGACCACUGCCAUGUCCUCUUCCUAGACUACGUGAUGUUCACCAUCCACAUGGGGUGCCACGGCUUCCGUGACCCCUUCGAGUGUAACAUGUGCGGAUAUCGAAGCCACGAUCGCUAUGAAUUUUCCUCUCACAUCGCCCGAGGAGAGCACAGAGCCAUGUUGAAGUGAGCAGUCAGUCUCUAAGCUCUUAUGU